GGAGCAGAUACUUCAAAGUGGCCCAUUUUCGCUAUCUCCUGAAGCAUGCGAAAAUAUGGACGUGACUGGGGAUGCUCAUUUACGGAGUGAUUCUUCCUCUCCCUCUUCAAUGAAAUUGAGAGAUUCUUCCUGCUCAAUAACCAAGACAAGGGAGCAGAGACAAAAUUGUUCCUCCCAGCAACGAAUCAAGCCAAAUCGAAACCUUGGCUUGAUGGAGCAUGCUAACUUAAGGCAUGACUGUUCUCCCCAGAAGAUAAUGUCGAGUAGGAAAACUGAUGUUACCUGCUCAGUAGUUGAGAUGGCCAAUCGUCAAAGUCCCUCCUCCCAGGAGCCUUGUGUGACACGUACAGAACCUGACUCCACUAAGCAUGAUUCUUUGGUGGAUAAAUGCUCUGGCGCUUAUGAGGAGAUGAGGAUUAUCUCCAUGUGCAGUGACAAUCAUGGAAAAAAAGUGAAGCCUGGACAAGAAAGGAGAAUGACACUUGACGGUCGGAGCCGAUUCGAUAAUAAGGGAUCUCAAAUAACUAUUAAUGAUUUGUCAAAUAGUUUAGCAAACUACUGCCAUGGACUUGCACAGCCAGUGAUUGAUCCAAUUUGGAGGGGAAGUUUUUGUAUCCUUAACAAGGAUAAGGAAAUAUUCGAUGGAUUUGUAGCCCAUUUAUCAAACAAAGCAUGCCAAAAAGUGUUUGAUGAGGCUGGGCUGUUUCCGUCAUUCCUUUGCUUUGAGAUGCUUCCCAAGUCUGAGUUAUGGCCAAAGAGUUUUCAGAAAUUUGAGCCAUGUGAUGACAAUAUUGCCCUAUAUUUCUUCCCACUAGACACAAGACAUGAAAGGGUUUUCGACUAUUUGGUAGAUGAGAUGAGACUUCAAGAACUUGCCAUGAGAGCCAUCGUAAAAAAUGCCGAGCUUUUAGUUUUCACUUCUAUGGAGUUGCCACUGCUAUACUGGAGAUUCCAGGGCAAGUACUAUUUGUGGGGAGUGUUUAGGAGUAAGCAAGCUGCCUCCUCUCAUCCUGCAAAUCAUCAUCUUCCAAAUCCAGGCAUAUAAUGUGAUUGAAUAUGUGAAUUUUGCGAUUGCUGGUGACAGUCCUGUUAUCCUUUGAACCAACAUUGGUAAUUUUGAGUCUCGCACUCUGAGGUUUCGUGCAGUCUUUCAGCAUUCUGAUAUGAUCCUCGAGAAGUUUCAGGGGUGUCUAUGAAAGCUGGUAUGAUUGGAUGUGGAAGAAGAAUCUGAACUUGGAUUAUCUGUAGUAAAAGCGUUACUUGGGAAUUUUACCACUUGGAAGAAUUUUGAAGAGCUGUUAAAAUGUCGAAUGCACAUUUACUUUGAUGAAAUUCUUCUUUUGGAAAGGACAAGCCGGAAGUUGGAUAUGUUCUUGGACGAAGAUAGAGUCUAUAUAUAGACCUUGUUUUUGGCCAAAGCGAGAAGCGAGAAGCGAGAAGCGAGGGGAAAGGGUGGAUUGCAGAGUCUUGAACAACUAAUCUAAGGGGCUAGUCUUCGAAAAGUUGUUUGAUUAGUUUGUUUUUGAUUUGUCUAUUGUUGGUGAUUGUGACAAUGGUAAAAUCACAAGUAGAUUAGUGUGUAGUGGGGACAAAACUGCAGCUUAUGCGUAAUCACAAAAAACAGUGGAAGAUCAGUGAUCAUCACUUGACACUUAGAUUUCUUCAGAUGCGUAAACCUCUUGGUGAAAUUGGGAAAAGAAAAUGGUGGGGCAUUCCGAGAAUUGAACUUGGGACCUCUCGCACCUUAUCCGAGAAUCAUGCCAGAAGACCAAAUGCUCAUAUAUUGUGUAGAUUGCUGUACACAGCUCUGCUGUCAUGACACCUUGCUAUCUAGAGUAGUUCAAUUGAUAAUAAAGACGA